AUGGGUAAGGUCCUGUUCUGCAUCCUCUACUGCGUGGUCGCGCUCCUGCGCGAAGGGAUAGGAGGAUCCGUCCUCCACAAAAGCAACAUGAAAAAAGAAGGCAACUUCUUCGUAAAAAAGUUUUACAAUAAUAAGCUGUCCAAAACGUUUAGCCAAGAUGACUAUCACUUUUUCCGCCUAGUGUUUAUGAAGUUCCUCACAAAGACGAACUUUCUAAAAAGAAACAUGACCCUUGAUGACGUGGUGAGGACGAUGGAGUACAUCGAAUUUGGGAUAAGCCAAAAAAGCGACGAUGUGUACAUGACGCUGUACAGUGAAAUUAAACGUAUAUCUGAGGAGCAGUACAAAGAGAUCUACGCAAAAAACGAAGUGGAUGCAGAAAUCGAAAGGGACAUUCAGAGGGAAAUGCUUAAGAGUAUGCAAAACGGGAGGCACAAAAAAAACGUGCUGGCGAUGGUCCCCUUCCCAAGUGAGCCAAUAUACAACUCCAGCGAAAGUUCCAAGAAGGCCCAACUCCUCCUGGACAUACUCUACGUGGCGGUAGUAGCUAGCUACCAGUCGCUAGACGAGGCGGAAAAAAGAAACAUGCUCAAGUCCGUGUACGAAAAUGCCUUAAACCAGUGGAUGAGCCUAAACUUUUUACGAAAAAUUAUGCGGUACAAACUGUCCGUAAAUAAAGACGGCAUACUGGUGUACGUCUCGAUGGAGAGGAGACCCCCCCCUGGCGAGAACGCAGGUGGCGGUGGUGAUGGCGGUGGCGAUGACGGUGGCGACGGCGGCACGCUCGAGCAGGGAGACCUGCUCACCAUUGAGGCCCGACUGAAGCACAUUCUGGAAGAAUUCACGCACGCCCUGUACCCCAACAACCUCGGGCACGCAAACUCCGCCUUCAUAAUUGACAAGUACACCCGGGUGUGCCUGCCCCAGCUGCAGGUUGUGGGCUAUCGGACGGGCAGCGAGGAAAAGCUGUGGACUUCGCACUGGGCAGGUGUGAUGAGAAAGCCGGGAGUAACCCCACCAGGUGGACCACCCACCCAGAGUGACCAACAAGAUGACGAGAGCGACCCCAGCGUGACAGCGGAGGACAUCCCAGAAAACUACUUCCACGUAGAGGCAAACAGAAAGAAAAUAUUAGUGCAAAUUUUAAUAACCAAUAAGGAGGAAGCGCAAAAUGGGGUGGAAGACGACUCAUGCGAUGUCCAGCUGACGAUAGAAAAUGUGUAUAACAUUUUGAUAGACCAUUUUUUGUACCAUGCAAAUUUGGGGAUGUACUACACACAGCCAACCUUCGUCAUGGCAAAGUACCUAUUCGGUUACGACAGAAAUGGUCCAACAAAAGAUGAAGAAAAAAAAUAUGAAGAUAUAUCUGUGCACAUAUUCCUACGGAUAAAGGGGAAAGUAAAAUUUAGCUUUAAGCAUGUACAGAAAUUCCUUUUCAAACAUACCAAAGAAUUUAAUGCCCUCUAUUCUCUCCAUUUCUACGGAGCCUGCAUAAAGCAUAAACACACAGACAUUAUAAAAGUGGUGGGUCAGUUUGGGGAAGGCAUAGACAACAACUUAAUCAGCAACGUCAUCAUCAAAAUGAAAGCGGAAGAAACUGUUGCUCAUAUAAAGUUGUAUUCAAAAAAAAAACACACACAAAAUUUGGCCUAUGUUUCCACCAAGGAUAUAAUCAAACAAAUAAAUAAAAUCACCUCCCUUAGCGUUAUAUACCAUCUUGUUGACAGAACGAAGGAAAUUCCAACGUCCAUUAACUGCUCCAUUUGCAGGCAUUUCAAAUACCACUAUGUUGUUCUCUUCGUAGCAGCUAUCAUCCCAUCGUUGAUCAUUUUUUUUUUUUUCUUCCUUUUUAUGUACUGUAAAAUAAAAAAAAUUCGGGAGAAUAAAAAUACCUGCGCAAGUCGCCUGUCCCAAAUAUGCCCCAAUUUCUUUUACGUCAGGACGGCAUCGAAUCGGUACAGGCGGCUCACCAAGACUUACCGCCGAGUCAUUCUUGCGAAGGGGCAUCAGCCCAAGUCCGUUUUGAAAAACGGCUUUAAGGGAUCCGCUCGCUCCCGGCGCCCGCGCCCCCUCGCCCACCGGGUGAGCAUAUCUCCCUAA